GUUUUCAUUCACUAUCAAAUUGGGUUCUUCUACCCUGAACUUCGGCUGUGCUUCUCUGGGGAAAAUAGAUCAAGAAGACCUGUUUGUACCAAAUUUUCUAUUUUGGAGGUCACCUAAAACGCUAUCACAGAGAUCUAAAACCUUUCAGUGAUCACCACCAAACCAUCUGAGUGAGCAAACAAACAGGGAAGACAGUCCGUAAUCUGAAAUGCUUUUUCUGCUCUGACGGGUCUUGGCAUUUUUUCAACCUAGAGAUGACAGGAAAUUCAAAUUUUUGGUUUCUUUUCUACCUAUUUUGGGUGCCAACUAUUUCUUUCUGCUUUGGGGCGGGUGCAGUUCACACUAGGUGGAAGGCUUAAAUAGAGCCGAAGGGGUUGUCUCGGUCUCAGAGGCAUCAAAGGGGCUUAAUGUCACAUUCGAAUCGUUACGUCUUCUGAAAUCGAGAGGCACGUUUGACGAUUGGCACGGAGGGGAAAUUGUCAACUCUUGCAAAACAGAAGUUGUUUCCUGAGCAGCUUCAAGGGAUGACUACUGAGGAACGAUCACUGACCGUUGUUUUCUCUCACAGCAGGAGAAAAUCCCCCUGUAGUGACUGAGUCCUCAAAUGCUGAAUGGAUUAAAUGUUCCCCGAGACACUAACCGCCCACGAGAAUCGACAAAAAUCCCCUCCGCGGACCGGCCCGGGACAAUGAGCGGAAACGCGUCCCAGCUAGACAACGAGACCCUCCUGAUGCUCCAAAAUCCCACCAUCGCCAUCACCCUGCCGGUGGUCUACUCCCUCGUGGCGCUCAUCAGCAUCCCCGGAAACCUCUUUUCCCUGUGGCUCCUCUGCUGCCACACCAAGCCCAAGAACCCCUCGGUCAUCUUCAUGAUCAACCUGAGCAUCACGGACCUCUUGCUGGCCGUGUUCCUCCCCUUCCAGAUCUCCUACCACCUCCAACAUAACAACUGGAUCUUCGGGAAGACCCUCUGUAACCUGGUGACACUGAUGUUCUACUCCAACAUGUACUCCUCCAUCCUCACCAUGACCUUCAUCGGCGUCGAGAGGUACCUGGGGGUCGUCCACCCCCUGUCCACCUCCUGCUGGAGGAAGAACCGUUACGCCGUGGGAGCCCUCGUGGCCAUGUGGACCCUCCUUCUGGCCACCCUGUCCCCCCUGAUCCUCACCGACCUGACCUACGAAGUCAAGGCCCUGGGGGUCGUCACCUGCUUCGACGUGCUCAAGUGGACCAUGCUGCCCAACUUCGCCACAUGGGUGGUCUUCCUCUUCACGCUCUUCAUCCUGCUCUUCCUCAUCCCCUUCGUGGUGACGGUGGUCUGUUACGUGGCCACCAUCCGGGAGCUGAUCCAGGUCUCGGGCCGGGAUGGAAACAGACAGGCCAAGAGGUCCGUGAAGCUGGCCGGGAUCGUCCUCCUGGUGUUCGUCACCUGCUUCGCGCCCAACAACUUCGUCCUCCUGGCCCACAUGGUCAACCGCCUGUUCUUCCAAAAGAGUUACUACCACAUCUACAAGCUGACCCUCUGCCUCAGCUGCCUGAACAACUGCCUGGACCCCUUCAUCUACUACUUCGCCUCCAAAGAAUUCUACCAGAAUUUCCAGGAGGUCUUCAGGCACAGCAGGAUCUGGAGCAACAGUUCGGAAAACCGCCGCGAGAGCAUCUUCUCAGGGCAGACCAUGUCCAUGUCCAGCGACCACGGAGACGGGACGGAGCCGAGGAGACACGCUAGUUUGAUGAGACAGGAAAGUGUGUUUUAGACCUGGGGAAGCCAUUUUGGGAGCAUGAGGGGGCGG